AUGCAAAUUUUCGUGCAAUCAUAUGCGGGGGAAUCUCUCCCCGUCGAGGUGUCGGCCACCUCGACGGUGCUCGAGCUCAAGCAGCACUUGGAGGCACGCUUAGGUGUUGCUGCUUCUGUGCAGCGUCUUUUCUUUGGCGUUUCUGCCAUCGAUGAUGCCGUGACUUUGGAAGAGGCGGGUGUCGAAGAGGAGUCGACUGUCUUCCAAAGCCUAGAGCUGCUUGGUGCUGGCAAGAAGCGCAAGAGAAAGACCUACACCAAGCCGAAGAAACAAAAACACAAGAACAAAAAGGUGAAGCUUGCUGUGUUGAAAUUCUACAAAGUCGAUGAGAACAACAACGUCACAAGGUUGCGCAAGGAAUGCCCAUCGAAGACCUGCGGCAGUGGCGUCUUCAUGGCCCAGCACGAAAACCGCAACUACUGCGGCCGCUGCGGCAUUACUUACAUUCUGCAGUCGGGGAAUAACUAG